AUGCGGAGUUUGUUUAUAACGUGUGGAACGCGACAAUGUGGAGUCAUCUCACGUCGCUUCUCUUUCUCAAACCCUGCGGCAGAUCGUUUCACCCUGUCACUGUAUCAGCAGCCCGUCUACGUUAAAUUUGGACUGGAAUAACUCAUCUUCAGAAAUCUCUUUCAAGAUAUAAAGAGUCUGAGCACCAUUAGAAACUGCUGAGACGAUCCACUGGGUGCUGUACCAGAGACGACCACCGGUACUUAAAAAAAAUGAUAACGAUCAGGGCCCUGGGGCCACGGAGGGCCUGUGUUCUGCUGGGUGUGUUCCUCCAACUGCUGUUGUUGCUACCAGACACCACCUCUACAGACUCCAUCGCUGCAACCUGGAACCAGAGCGGACCCCGACUAAAGCUCUCACACACAGACUUGCAUUUGAUGAACAGUUCCAGUGUCUUCUGGGACAGAGGAGUGAGUGGAGGUUACCAGUCCCUGCUGCUGGAUGAGGACCGUGGCUGGCUCCUGGUAGGGGGUAGAGACCACAUCUACCUUCUCCACUCGGACAGCCUGGCUCUUCCUACACGCACGAUUUACUGGCCAGCUGUGGAGGAACACGUCGAACAUUGCAGAUUGGCAGGGAAGAACCUGUCGACUGACUGCGCCAACUACGUGCGUCUCCUCCAGCCCUUCAAUAAGACCCAUGUGUACGUCUGUGGCACCGGGGCCUACCACCCACAAUGCACCUACAUAGACCUGGGACACAGCACUGAGGAGCCGUUGUUCCGUCUGCAGAGCCAUGCUGUGGAGUCUGGACGGGGGAAAUGUCCCUUUAGUCCACGGGAACCCUUCACCGCCAGGCUCACCGAUGGAGAUUUGUAUGCGGGGACGUCGGUGGAUUUUAUGGGUACCAACGCAGCUAUAUUCCGUACCUCUGUGCACAGCAGCAACCAGCACUAUAUACGCACUGAGGCCUACCAGGACCACUGGCUCAAUGAGCCAGAGUUUGUGGGUUCCUUCUCCAUUCCAGACACACAAAGUGUGGACGAUGACAAGGUUUACUUCUUCUUAAAGGAGACAGCUGUAGAGUCCAGCCAGUGGGACAAGAGGGUUUACAGUAGAGUGGCACGCAUCUGCAAGAAUGACGUUGGAGGGAAGAGGAGUCUGAUUAACCGUUGGAGUACCUUCCUCAAGGCCCGUCUGGUGUGUUCUGUACCAGGACCUGGGGGACUGGACACACAGUUUGAUGAGCUCGACGAUAUCUUCAUUCUGGAGACCAAAGACGACCAGAACCCUGUCAUCUACGGAGUUUUCUCAACCUCCAGUUCUGUCUUCAGAGGGUCAGCAGUGUGUGUCUACUCCAUGGCCUCUAUCAGGGCAGCCUUCAACGGUCCGUUCGCCCACAAGGAAGGGCCCGACUACCGCUGGGUGGAGUACAAGGGGAGGAUCCCAUAUCCACGACCUGGCACUUGUCCCAGCGAAACGUAUGACCCCCUCCACAAGUCUACUCGUGACUUCCCUGAUGACGUAGUGAGCUUCAUGAGGGGUCACCAGCUGAUGUGGGAACCCAUCCUUCCAAUCACCCGUCGGCCUGUCUUCACCCGCGUCAAUGUGCCCUACACCCUACGAAGGGUAGUAGUGGACAGGGUGGAUGCUGAGGAUGGGCAGUAUGACGUCCUACACCUGGGCACAGAUGAUGGCAAGGUGCUGAAAGUGGUGUCUGUCCCCAAAGACAACUGGGAGACUGAGGAGAUCAUUCUGGAGGAGCUGAUCAUCUUUCAGACUCAGGCCCCCAUCCUUAACAUGGAGCUGUCUACCAAAAGACAACAGGUGUAUGUGAGCAGUGAUGAGGGAGUGGUCCAGUUACCACUGCAGCGGUGUGAGCUGUACGGUAGAGACUGUGCUGACUGCUGUCUGGCCAGAGACCCUUACUGUGCCUGGGAUGGGAACACAUGCAACCGAUACUUCCCCAGCAACAAGAGGCGAGCUCGGCGCCAGGACGUGAAACACGGGGAUCCGAUGAGCCAGUGUUACGACGCAGAAGACGGUUCUGAGUCGGUGGAGGUGAUGACGGUAUACGGAGUGGAGAGUAACUCAACCUUCCUAGAGUGUGUACCCAGGUCCCAGCUAGCUACAGUCAAGUGGACAGUACAGCCACCACAUGUUCACACCAGCAGAGAGAUGCUCCAGAGCGAGGAUCGUAUGGUCCACAUGAAGCGGGGUCUCCUGGUGCAGCGGCUGGAGCCAGGGGACGCUGGCCUCUACAGCUGUACCACCCUGGAGCACUCCUUCUCCCAGGUCCUGGCCCGCUACAACCUCCAGGUCAUACCCCAGCAGAGCAUGACAGCAUCCCAGGCCAAGGCAGCUGAUCCUGGGGCUGGGGGAGCAGGACUGAGGUGGAGUCAUGGAGGUCCUGGGAGCCACGCCCAGAGCCACGCCCAGCUCUUCAGGAAUUAUAAGGACCUGCACAUGAUGGGCGCAGCUAGUAUGAGCAUGGACGAGUACUGUGAGCAGUUGUGGCACCGGGAGAAGAAGAGGCAGCAGAAGCUGCGUCAGCUCAAGUGGAAACAGACCCAGGUGGACAACCGCAAGGCCCGAGUGAGACGGCACGACUCCACUGAGGACAUCACAAUACAAUGACCUACGGACGGGGAUGGACAGAGCCUUUUGGUUUGCGUCUGAAAUGUCACCCUAGUUCCUAUAGAGUGCACUGCUUCGGACCAGGGUCCAUAAGCCUGAGGUAGUGCACUUUAAAGGGGAUAGAGGGCUAUUGUAGAUGUAGCUCUGGAGAUGAAGGGAAUGUAUGCAGCAAGACCUCAGUGGUGGUGCUGCACAUGAGCAGACCCUUUGCUCUGAACAGAUAUGCUUAAUAUUAUUAUCAGUCAGUUAACCUUUUUGUCCAUAGAAGUAUAAUUUUGAUAUAGAUGUUCUGGAUGUAUAUUCCUCCUGUAUUCUGUAUUCUGUGUAGACAGGAUCGUGAUCAUUCUUUUUAGUACCCGGACCGACCCGUUAAAGCCUAUUUAUUGCUCUCUGGACUGGUAGGUUUGUUUACUGAAAAAAAAGCAGGCCGGACCGUUCUCCGUCACACAUGUCGAGGGGAAAAACACUGUCCCAGAACUACAACCACAGGUCUCCAAGAACUACAACCACAGUCGUCCCAGAACUACAACCACAGGUCUCCAAGAACUACAACCACAGUUGUCCCAGAACUACAACCACAGGUCUCCAAGAACUACAACCACAGUUGUCCCAGAACUACAACCACAGGUCUCCCAGAACUACAACCACAGGUCUCCCAGAACUACAACCACAGGUCUCCCAGAACUACAACCACAGGUCUCCCAGAACUACAACCACAGUUGUCCCAGAACUACAACCACAGUUAUCCCAGAACUACAACCACAGUUAUCCAAGAACUACAACCACAGGUCUCCAAGAACUACAACCACAGUUGUCCAAGAACUACAACCACAGUUGUCCCAGAACUACAACCACAUGUCUCCAAGAACUACAACCACAUGUCUCCAAGAACUACAACCACAGUUGUCCCAGAACUACAACCAUAGUUGUCCCAGAACGACAACCACAGUUGUCCCAGAACGACAACCACAGUUGUCCCAGAACGACAACCACAGUUGUCCCAGAACGACAACCACAGUUGUCCCAGAACGACAACCACAGUUGUCCCAGAACGACAACCACAGUUGUCCCAAGAACUACAACCACAGUUGUCCAAGAACUACAACCACAGAUCUCCAAGAACUACAACCACAGUUGUCCCAGAACUACAACCACAGGUCUCCAAGAACUACAACCACAGUUGUCCCAGAACUACAACCACAGGUCUCCAAGAACUACAACCACAGGUCUCCAAGAACUACAACCACAGUUGUCCCAGAACGACAACCACAGUUGUCCCAGAACGACAACCACAGUUGUCCCAGAACGACAACCACAGUUGUCCCAGAACGACAACCACAGUUGUCCCAGAACGACAACCACAGUUGUCCCAGAACGACAACCACAGUUGUCCCAAGAACUACAACCACAGUUGUCCCAAGAACUGCAACCACAGUUGUCCCAAGAACUACAACCACAGUUGUCCAAGAACUACAACCACAGAUCUCCAAGAACUACAACCACAGUUGUCCCAGAACUACAACCACAGGUCUCCAAGAACUACAACCACAGUUGUCCCAGAACUACAACCACAGGUCUCCAAGAACUACAACCACAGGUCUCCAAGAACUACAACCACAGUUGUCCCAGAACUACAACCACAGGUCUCCAAGAACUACAACCACAGUUGUCCCAGAACUACAACCACAGGUCUCCAAGAACUACAACCACAGGUGUCCCAGAACUACAACCACAGUGGUGGUUGUAUAGUCAGUGUGUUAGACAGAGCUGUGGACAGUGUGAUGUGGUUGGUCCCUUCCAUUUUCCUCAGUGUCCCAUUCUAUGUCUUCAGACCCCCUCAGCAAUACAUGCUAACAUAUUUCCACUUACCAUAUUGUCAUGACAGCAUUGAAAUAUGCUGUAUGUAGAGUAUGUAAUGCAAUGUACAGCAUAUACAUUGAAAUGUAUAUUGUAGGGUCACUCACCUGCGUUAUGGACUGUAUCUACCUUGACUUUUUUCAAACACAAAAUGAUUAUUUUUAUUAAGACAAAUCGUUCAAUGUAAAGCAUUUGGUAGAUACUUUUUUGUGUGUGUUUGGUUUUCACUUGUUAAUCCAAACUCAGAAAUAGAACCGUACAGGUAAUUCAUUCAUACUGUACACUCUUAUCUAAAACCUAAAAUCGUUCUUUGGCUAUCCCCAUAGGAGAACCCUUUGUAGAACAUGGAAACAUGGAACCCAAAAGGGUUCUACCCUGGAACCCAAAAGGGUUCUAUCUAGUUCCAUAAAGGGUUCUACAAAGGGUUUUCCUAUAUGGAUAGCCAAAGAACCGUUUUAGGUUCUGUAUAGCAAUUUUUUUCCCUAACAUUGUACUCUAAUAGACUUUGGACAUAAAAUCUGUGGAAUAACUCACAUAACUUUAUGAGCAAAAAAUAUAUUUGCAUUUGUGGUUGAAAAUCAUGAUGAAUAAGUAGGGGGGGGGGGGCCUGAAACACACGAAAGAAGUCCGGCUCACACUAGACUUCACUCCUGGUAAUCAUCACAGAUCUCAUUUAACAGUAAUGGGACCCGCUGGGUAUCAAACCCCUAGUGCAGUAGAUUCACUAAACAUAGAAACAAUAUGUAUUUUCAACAUCUUGUGCUCACUGUGAAUAUGGACAUGUUCAACUUUGUAUGGACUGUGUCACUUGUUGUUUAUCAUACAGUUAGCACCAUCUAGUGGUGGUUGUUGUACACUGCACAAGUAAAUUACAGUAGACCACAUGUUUUAUUAUACAUGGCUGUCAUUAUUUAAGCAAGAAUGCAAUCUAUUUAUUCUAUGUAUGUGUACUGUACACAGACUUACUAUAAGAGUCAAAGCAGUAUAUAUUAUACAUCCAUACUGGGAACUAUUUUCAGUGAAGCACACUUUUAAUAUUCGUUAUUUUACAACAUCACGGUAGAUAAUGGUCUGGUGAUGCAUUAGGAUAGAAUGCAUUGUAAUUGCACGUGUCAUAAUGCUUGGCUUUAUGAGGUAAGCCUGAUAUCUUUAUAAGGAAAUUUGGACACAUUUACCGUUCUCGUCAUGAGAUACUGUUAGUCUACACAUUGUUGAGCUAAAUAACUGCAAGUAUGUCAAUAAGGUAUAAAAGCCACCCAUUCACAGAGAACCAACUGAUUAGGGGAACAUGAAUAUGUGCUGCAUUAUUCUGAAGAAAUAUCUGAACGUAACCAAUGAUGUGUCUAAACCCUGGAAGGCUGGCAGCCACAGGGGGCUCUGUAAAGAAGCCAAUGCACAGCCAUCUUGUUACUCCUCCUCCAUUGUAAUGAAGCCAAUGCACAGCCAUCUUGGCUCUCCUCCUCCAUUGUAAUGAAGCCAAUGCACAGCCAUCUUGGUACUCCUCCUCCAUUGUAAUGAAGCCAAUGCAGAGCCAUCUUGUUACUCCUCCUCCAUUGUAAUGAAGCCAAUGCACAGCCAUCUUGGCUCUCCUCCUCCAUUGUAAUGAAGCCAAUGCACAGCCAUCUUGGUACUCCUCCUCCAUUGUAAUGAAGCCAAUGCAGAGCCAUCUUGUUACUCCUCCUCCAUUGUAAUGAAGCCAAUGCACAUCCAUCUUGGUACAUUUGGGCUCCCGAGUGGUGCAACAGUAUAAAGCACUACAUCUCAGUGCUAGAGGUGUCACUACAGACCCUGGUUCGAUUCCAAGUGGCGUAGGCAGUCAUUGUAAAUAAGAGUUUGUUCUUAACUGACUUGUCUAGUUAAAUAAAGGUAAAAUAAAACAUUUAAAAAUAUGUUUUUAAAUCCUAUGGAGGACUGUUCCUACUGGGGAAGGGCAAUAUGGCAUCCCGAAGGCUUCAAAGCCUCUCAAUAACCAAUGCAUAGCAUCCGCAAUCCAGGGUUUAUAUACAUCAUUGAAUGUAAACUACACUAUCCCUCUAACUGACCUUGUGCAUAUUGUGAUGACUAACAAUUUAUACAAUUAAUUAAAACAUGUUUUACACUAA